GGCGGGUGUUGCCCCUCAUUGUUCCCGGCUGAAGCCCCGAGGCCACGGUGAGGGGCGUCGGGCGGCAACCCCCGCUGGGGGACGGACCCCCCCCCCGGGGGGGGGGGGGCCACACGGGGGUCCCUCGGCAGCACAAUUCGGGUACGGUUUCCACGAGCUUUUGGUUCCUUAUCCGGGGACUGGGCUGGCGGGUGUGAUUGGCCGCGGGAGUCACAUGGUGAAACUAACUUUACGGGGUCGCCAGCUAGUAGGAGGGCUUUAUGGAGCAGAAAAACGACAAAGCGAGAAAAAUUAUUUUCCACUCCAGAAAUUAAUGAUCAUGAGCUCUUAUUUGAUGGACUCUAACUACAUCGAUCCGAAAUUUCCUCCAUGCGAGGAAUAUUCGCAAAAUAAUUACAUCCCCGACCACAGUCCGGAAUAUUAUAGCCGGACAAGGGAGUCCAGCUAUCCGCACCACCAUCAAGAGCUGUACCCCGUGCCACGACCCUCCUUCCCCGACCGCCAGUACAGCUGUGCCAGUAUCCAAGCCGCCGGCAACGCGGCCGCGCACCAAAGGGGACCCGGGCCGGCUGCGGGCGGCCGACACCUCCCAGAGAAAGCGCAGCAGCUCUGCGAGCCGGCCGCGCUCUCCACCUCCGCCACCACUCCCGCCCCGGCCCCUGCAGCCUGCGGCCAGCCAGCCCCCGAGCAUCCUCACGGCACGGCUGCCAAGCAGCCCGUAGUCUAUCCCUGGAUGAAAAAAAUCCACGUCAGUACUGUGAAUCCCAAUUACAAUGGAGGCGAACCCAAGCGCUCCCGGACAGCUUACACGAGGCAGCAGGUUUUGGAAUUGGAGAAGGAGUUUCACUAUAACAGGUACCUGACCCGGCGGCGGCGCAUCGAGAUCGCCCACUCGCUCUGCCUCUCCGAGAGGCAGAUCAAAAUCUGGUUUCAGAACAGGCGCAUGAAGUGGAAAAAAGACCACAGGCUGCCCAACACCAAAGUGCGCUCGGCCGCCGCCGCCGCGGCCCCCGCCGCCCCGUCGAGCGCGGCCGCGGGCGAGGAGCUGCCCUCCGCCGCCGCGCAGGACCCGCGCACGGAGGAUAUCACCAGGUUAUAGACACCCGCACACCCGCACACGAAUGACUCUGGAUUAUUUAUAGAAUCUAAUAUAUAUAUAUAUAUAUUUUGGUUCUUUUCCCCCCUCCCUUCUCCUUCCCUCCUGUUUUUUUUUAAUUAUUAUUAUUAUUAUUAUUAUUAUUAUUAUUUCCCGUGCGUAUAAAAAACAAUGGGUCUCCGCAAGACCGCAGGCUUUAGAUGCAUGUCAGAUAGCAUGAGGCCAGGUGUCUGUACCUGCAGGUUUUUUUACGCCAUUUCAGGGUUUUAUUUAUUUUUUAAAGGGGGGGGAGGCAGGAGCGGGGGAGGGCAGGGUGGGGGGGGCGGAAGAGGUGACUGUUCUGUUCGAUGAAUUUAAUGAAGAAAUGCUGAUAAUAUUGGCAACCGAAGCAAAAAGCGAAUGUAGGUAUUUUUUUCCCCCCGCUGCAUUACAAAUGCACAAUGAUGGAAGGAGCUCGGAAGUUCUUUUGUAGAAACGCGAGAAAAAGCUAAAAAAAUCACGGUUUAACCAGAAAAGAACAAAACCAGAUACGAGACAGCACACAAGGGUGGACGAGUCUUUGCUGAAAAAUUGAGAAGAAAAGAGAGAGAGAGAGAGAGAGAAAGAGUGGCAUAUUUAAAAAAAAAAAGCAGAAGAAGGUUUAAAAAAAGUCAGUAGCUAGGUUUUUUUGUCGUGGUUAUUUGUGUUUUUGGACUGAUUUUACAUGAUCAUUGUAAACUUGCAAUAAAGAGUUUUAGUGUGUAUGUGAAAGUCCCAGUGUUCAAUAAACCAGUCAGUGUGAAUUAGUUUUA